UAUUUCAGAAGGAUACUUCAAGAACUUAUCCUACAAUUACAAGUUUUUAAUUAAUUUCAAUUAAUAGAUCACACAAAUGAAUAAAAACAGAACCUAACUUCUUCCCUCUUUGAUUGUUUUAAAUUAAAGUUUAAUUCUUACAAUUCUAAAUCUACGGUAAUCUAAUGAAUAAUUUUUAAUAUCUAUUUCUGUUUUAAAUCUUAAUUAGGUAAUUAGAUGUUACAAUUUAACGAACAACGCAUUAUUUAAUCGUUUUUGUCAAGUGAUUGUAGGUGGAUGGGUGAUAGAGCGUCGCCACCAGACGAAAUUUCAACGAUAGCAUGGGUGGGAUAAAUUUGGAAUCGACCAUCUCGUUUUGGACGAAACACGCGUAUGUUUUACGUUAGUUCCGUCGCUGUUUCGCGUCGAGGAACGUUUCCUCAACGUGCCCGACUUGACGUAUUCAACCAGAAAUAUCAUCAUAAAUAUCAUUACCAGUUACAACACAUUUCCUAGUGCAUAAAUCAUUAGUUGCCUAUGACGUUUAACAUAAACAACGCAUUUAUCGUAUGAUCUAACAUAUUCUUCCAUUUACAAUUAAAACAUACACAUGGAACUAUAAUAAAACGAAUGAAACAGGGCUCGAAAACUAAGUAGAAACGGUGUUUCUGUUGUCAACGCAUCAAGACGACAAUCGUGAACGUGAUAAAUAGAGAUCGUUGUUGGUUGAAGUGGAAUUGUGGGCACGGGAAGAUAUCGAAGAUCCAACAGGCGAAGGUAGAAAGAUUCGAAGAGAAGCACGAUGGACGAGGAGAAGAGAAGUUGAGUGUGCUUCGAGGUGGAAAGCACGAUGCCACGUUCACGACAGGAAGCGUUCGAGCUGAUGGUCGAGGCAGAGAAACCCUCCAAGUGCAUCAGGUUCCUGCGACUUUUGUGGAAGUUCUUCAGAUGCGUUUUUUCCCACGUGUCGUUGAUCUCGUUGGUCGUGCUUUAUUGCGUGAUCGGAGCGUACGCUUUCGAAGCCCUCGAAGCAAACCACGAAAAAGAGAUAAAAAGAAACAUCAAAGACAUAAGAGGGAACGUAGCAGAACAGCUCUGGAAGAUCACGAAAGAAGUCGAGGUUCUGAUUCGUGAAAAUUGGACGGAGAAGGCGUUGCGAGAGUUAAAGGUACCAUUUUCAUCACUCAAGGCUUGUAACGACCAUUUCUCUGCAACGUAUGCCUAUUUUUCUCCGCAGAGUUUUGAGAGCAAUCUUGUGUGGAUGAUGGAGAAAGAAGGCUGGAAUGGUAGCGAGGGAGAAGAUGAUAUUCAAUGGACUUUUGCUGGUGCCCUAUUUUACUCUAUCGUUGUUAUCACAACUAUCGGAUACGGUCACAUCGCCCCGAAGACGAAGAACGGAAAAGUCGUGACCAUAUUCUACGCCAUCCUCGGGAUUCCCUUGAUGUUACUCUGCCUCUCCAACAUCGGGGACAUUAUGGCGUCGAGUUUCAGAUUUUUAUACUGGAGGGUGUGCUGCUACGUAUGCACGAAACCACCGACCAAGAAGAGACGACCUAGGUCUCAUUUCGGAAGAUCCCAUUCCGUUCGACAGCCAGGGCGGUACGGGGCGAGCAGAGGAGCCUUUCGAAGAUCCAUCAGAAUGAGUCAGAGGUCUGCGGAUUCGGCUUUGGGCCUGUCCGAUUACAUGACGAGGUCCUCCUUCUCCGACACGGAGUACAAAUACAACCCUCGCCGGUACGAGGAUAACGAUCAGAAGAGACCAAGCCCUUAUCCCUCGGUGAAUCCGAAUUUCGGAUUCAAGUCAGCAACGGUCAGCAGGUACUCGGAUCUACCCGUGUCCAGCCCGAAAACAACCAGAGCCAGUCCCAAGAUGACCACGCAAUCGCUGGACAGGAAGUUGGUGAUGCGUUCGUUCACCGACACCGAUCGCUCGGCAGUUCUGUGCAACAGAUACGCCUUGGACGAACUGGAGAACGAGCUGCGACGAUGGCAAACUUCCGCCGGAAACGAAGCUGAAAAAGAGAAUAAACCAGACACUCCCGAGGUCGACGUUAAACGCGCACCAUUGGCCGGUAGGUCGUUACCCAGGAGAUGUCUGUCGGUGGAAGGCGCUACCACUAAUUACAAGACGAAUUUAGCGCCUCCUCUAAGACCACCUUCCAUUUAUUUGGAAAUGGAGAACGGAAGGAGAGGUCAGAGUAUUAGGACCAAGCGUUACAGAAGCAACUACCCCGUUGCUCGGACCUACAGACGAGAGUCAUUAGCACCGGAUAUGAUACCAGCUAAUUAUCCCGGUCAUAGACAAAUGUAUCCUGAUGAAUUCGAUUCUGAUUACGAGUAUUACAUCGAGGACCAGGAAAGGCAGCCCAUCAAACCAGUGCCCAUCUGGUUAUGCGUGUUCCUGGUGGUCAGUUACAUUUUCGGUGGUGCAUUUUUGUUCAGCGCCUGGGAACACUGGCCAUUUCUCGAUUCCGCUUACUUUUGCUUCAUCACUCUCACCACCAUCGGAUUCGGCGAUUUCGUCCCGGCGUAUAAGCUGGACGCUCACAAAGGGAUCGCGGUUUGCUCGUUGUACUUGCUAUUUGGAAUUGCUUUGCUGGCGAUGAGCUUUAAUCUGGUGCAAGAGGAGGUCAUCAACAACGUGAAGAACGUGGCGAAGAGGCUCGGGAUCAUCAAAGAGAGCGACGACGAGGAAGAUGCCGAGGACCUAGACGCGUACGACGUCGAAUACAACGACGAGGUCGACAACGAGCACCUCGAGGGCUACGUCCUCGAUAGCCCUCGAUGUCACUCGAUGCCUCGAAACUCUCGCGGAAUUUCCAUCGCGUAGCGUCCCGA